UUUAGUGAUAGACAAAAGUCAGAAGAAACAGUAUUGUGUUGUUGGAAUAAAAGAGCUUCCUCAAUUACACUUCCUCCAAAGCGGUUUUGAGAAUGAGCGAAAUUCCAUGACUAUAAGGUGUAGUAUCUUUUGAGUUGUGACGGUACGCAGUAGACACAUAUUGUACCUGCUGGAAUUUUAUAUUGCUCUAUUGGUUCUACCCGAAGUUAGUUCAGUUCUGUCGAAAUCGGCUACACAACGAAUUUCUUGCGCCUUACAUGUUGAUCCGCAUUUCCAGCUCAAAUUAAUUGUGAAAAUGACAAUGCCGAGAUUGGGCGUUCUCCUGCGUCGAGUCUUCCUUCCCCUCGGUUUGUUUUUGGUUUUCUUUCAUGUGACGAAGAUGGACGCUUUUACAAACAUCCUCUGGCCGUCCAACGUGAAUCGCAGUGAGUCGUCGAGUGGUGUCAACAGCACCCCCAUCAUUGAUCACCAGCAGCGACAACCUCCUUGCUUCAAAUAUUUAUCCGCUGGUCCAAUCCGUUUGGUGAUCAACACGACCCUACCGACGGAUGAAGAGUUAAACGAGUUGUUUCCGCACAUCCAAAUGGGCGGGCACUGGCAUCCGGAACACUGUCAUCCAAGACAACGCCUCGGGAUCUUUGUCCCGAUGAAAAGACGUUGGCAUCAACUGCCGAUUUUCUUGAGGCAUCUCCACCAAGUGUUAGUCUCCCAAUGGCGUCAUUACACAAUUUUCGUCGUCGAACAAGCGGACGGGGAUCUUUUCAACCGCGGGAAAUUACUCAACGCAGGUGUCAUCGAAGCCUUAAGAAUCCAUCCCGAUUUGGAUUGCUUCAUCUUGCACGACGUCGACACGCUACCCGAGACCAAUUACGCCGUUUACAAAUGCCACGAAGACCGCCAAUUCGCCCUUCAAAUGGCCACCUAUCAGAGCAAAAGGGAUUACCUUUCAGCUUACAAAGGCUACGCUGGAGGAGUCCUGGCCGUCCGCCGAUCCCAAUUCGAGGAUGUCAACGGUUUCAGCAACGAAUUCUGGGGCUGGGGCGGCGAGGACGACGAUUUCGGCAACCGACUCCGCAACAAAAGCUACCGAGUGUAUCCCGAAUUGUCACGUGGCGGCUAUUUCUACAGUCUCCAUCAUCCGCCAGAGCAGCCAAAUCCUCUGCGAGACGACAUCAUUCGAAAGCACAAGAGCAGCCAUCUCCACGGCGAAGGGCUAGACAGCGUUAAGUACGUCGUUUUGAAAUCGGAGCGGCGACGGCUCUAUACCUUCUUGUCCGUUUCUAUAUUACAAGGGCCAGCCCGAGAUCAACUGGCCGCCAUCGGCUCCUCCUCGCGUCAAGAAGAAAGAAAAAAGAAGCGAGACCUUGAGCUACCAACGGGAGAAACCGCGUCGUAAUCUUGUCUGCUCGCUGCUCCUGUUUACAUAGUACGUCUAAGUUUAUGACCGAAUGAUACAGCAGGUGUAUAAUAACCCAAAAAUUUGCUUCGAUAUUAAAGUUGAACGAAAGUUAAAUAGUUAGCGCUGGAUUAAAGUCGAUCUCAUUAAUUACACGGCGGGACGACAUGUUGCUGGGCACAUCUACCGGUGUGGAAUGAAGUGAUUCUUAUUUGAAAAUAUACUAUGAAACGGUCAAAUGAUUGUAGGCUAAACUAUUAUUUUCCAACUCGGAACUUCACUCGGGAUUUUCACUUGUUUCACGGACCCGUGCAUGUGCUCGUAAUGUGGUUAGAAAAAAAUAACAACCGGUUGUGUUUUACAACAGCAAGUUACGACAUUGUUUUCACAAGGUAACCUUGGCUAAAAAUCGCGUAGUACUACGAAUUAUACUACUAGUUUGUGUAUAUUCUAUUCUGGAAAGAAAAUAAAACAAA